AUGCCGCCAACUCUACAUCUGCAAGAAAACCUACUACAAGAAAGAAAUCAUCAACAUCCGGCAGCGAUGAUCAAUCUGCGUCCAACCAGACACCAACAGUACAAAAAAGGAACGUUAUUCAAUUAUGUUGAUGAUGUCCUAUCGAAACAUGAUUCAGCUAGUGGUCAACAUGGUGAAACAAGAAUCAGUCCGAGACAAAUGAGAAUCGGAGGGCGUGGUGGUGGAGGUAAUGAUGGAGAGCCGGGACAAUCUGCAUUUCGACGUUAUAAUCCAAAUACACAAACACGAGUUGAUGAAAAUAGUUUUGAUACGGAUGACGAGCAACGAUCAACACCUACCAUGCAAAACACAGCUGACAGUCAACACGAAGUAAAUUUUGAUCCUGACCCGGUUAUUGAAGAACGUGAAAGUAGAGAUCAAGUGUAUAAACAACCUGUCUACUUGAGACAACUACAACCACCAACACCAGCUCCAGUGGAAAUUCAAAUACAAGAAGUUCUUAUUAAACCCGAAAUACAACGUCCACCACUUCAUGUUCGAGUAGCAUCACGUGAACCACGAACACCUUCACCGAUUCUCAUUAAAAGUGCGCCACCUCGACCACCACUACCUGAACCCGAACAACCGAUUAUCUACAAUAAAUAUGUACCUGGACCAAAACCAACACCUCAACAAGUAAGAUGCACGUAA